GGGAAAUGGACGAACUCUCUCUCUCAGGGGCUCCGAGACUUCGGAGACAUCAACAGCAGAGUGUGUCGGAGAGAGAGGCGGCCGAUUUCAGUUUCUAAACAACCCAACCCGAACCCCUCUCUCUCUUUCUUCAUACACGCACACACACAUAUAUAUAUAUAUGUAUGUAUGUAUGUAUGUAAAUCUAUCUCGUUCCCAGAGAAACAUGCUCGUCAUGGAUUGACGGUGCGGUGGGCUAAACGAAGCAUCAUAAACUGGCGCGGCGUUGAAUGAGAGUUCAAUUGUAGGUUAAGCAGAUGGUUUGGAUGGAAAAGGACGCUGGUAGUGGGAACCAGAGGGACGCAGCUGGAGACAAUGGGUUGCUGAAAGGGGUAAAGCCUGCUUCUGGAACCAGUAGCUCUCCUGGAUGCAUUGGUCUUGCCCAGACGAAAUUUGAGGGGAAGGAUGCUCUCUCAUAUGCCAACAUUCUCCGCUCCAGGAACAAAUUUGUUGAUGCUCUUUCUCUUUAUGAGAGUAUAUUGGAGACGGAUAGUGGAAAUGUUGAAGCUCACAUUGGCAAGGGGAUUUGCCUUCAAAUGCAGAACAUGGGAAGGCCUGCUUUCGAGAGUUUUUCGGAAGCCAUCAGACUGGACCCACAAAACGCAUGUGCUCUUACUCACUGUGGUAUUCUGUACAAAGAUGAGGGACAGCUCAUUGAAGCUGCCGAGUCAUAUCAAAAAGCUCUGAAAGCUGAUCCUUCAUACAAACCAGCAGCAGAAUGCCUGGCAAUUGUUUUGACAGAUCUUGGAACCAGCUUAAAGCUUGCUGGAAACACUCAGGAGGGAAUACAAAAAUACUAUGAAGCUAUCAAAAUAGAUCCACGUUAUGCUCCUGCAUAUUACAAUCUUGGGGUUGUUUAUUCUGAAAUGAUGCAAUACGACAUGGCACUUGGAUGCUAUGAGAAGGCUGCAGUGGAGAGGCCCAUGUAUGCUGAAGCAUAUUGCAACAUGGGUGUCAUUUAUAAGAACCGUGGAGACUUGGAAUCAGCCAUUGCCUGUUAUGAGAGGUGUCUGGCAGUGUCUCCUAAUUUUGAGAUUGCGAAGAACAACAUGGCGAUUGCAUUGACAGAUUUGGGAACAAAGGUUAAAUUGGAGGGAGACAUCAACCAAGGUGUGGCAUACUACAAGAGGGCAUUAUAUUACAAUUGGCACUAUGCCGAUGCCAUGUAUAAUCUUGGAGUAGCUUAUGGAGAAAUGCUAGACUUUGACAUGGCCAUUGUGUUCUAUGAACUUGCUUUCCACUUCAAUCCACAUUGUGCAGAGGCAUGCAACAAUUUAGGAGUCAUUUAUAAAGAUCGUGACAACCUUGAUAAAGCUGUCGAGUGUUACCAGUUGGCUUUGUCAAUCAAACCAAACUUCUCACAAUCCCUGAACAAUCUUGGUGUUGUGUACACCGUCCAGGGUAAAAUGGAUGCUGCUGCAAGCAUGAUUGAGAAAGCUAUUGUGGCAAACCCCACAUAUGCAGAAGCUUAUAAUAAUUUAGGGGUUCUUUACAGAGACGCUGGCAGUAUAACUCUGGCUGUUGAAGCUUAUGAGCAAUGCCUUAAGAUUGAUCCUGAUUCUCGCAAUGCAGGCCAGAACCGGUUGCUUGCAAUGAACUACAUAGAUGAGGGAACUGAUGAUAAACUUUUUGAGGCUCACAGAGAUUGGGGUAUGCGUUUUAUGAGGUUAUAUCCACAAAACACUUCAUGGGACAACCCAAAAGAUCCAGAACGACCACUUGUCAUUGGAUAUGUAUCACCUGAUUAUUUUACUCAUUCUGUAUCAUAUUUCAUUGAAGCCCCUCUUGUCCAUCAUGAUUAUGCAAAUUACAAGGUGGUCGUCUAUUCAGCUGUUGUGAAGGCAGAUGCAAAAACUAAUAGAUUUAGUGAAAAGGUCUUAAAAAAGGGUGGACUCUGGAGAGAUAUCUAUGGCAUUGAUGAGAAGAAGGUUGCAAGCAUGGUUAGAGAAGAUAAAAUUGAUAUCUUGGUAGAACUUACUGGUCAUACUGCAAACAAUAAGUUGGGAAUGAUGGCAUGCCGGGCUGCACCAGUUCAGGUGACUUGGAUUGGCUACCCAAAUACAACUGGUUUGCCUACAGUUGAUUAUAGAAUUACUGAUACAUUGGCUGACCCUCCUGACACAAGACAGAAGCAUGUUGAGGAGUUGGUCAGGUUACCUGAAUGUUUCCUUUGUUAUACACCAUCUCCUGAAGCUGGGACUGUGUCUCCAACUCCUGCUCUUUCCAAUGGUUUCAUUACUUUUGGCAGUUUUAACAAUCUAGCAAAGAUAACACCUAAAGUGCUGCAAGUUUGGGCAAGAAUUUUAUGUGCAGUUCCAAAUUCUCGACUUAUUGUAAAGUGCAAGCCUUUCUGUUGUGAUAGUGUAAGGCAGAGAUUCCUUUCAACACUGGAGCAGUUAGGUUUGGAGUCACUAAGAGUUGACCUUUUGCCUUUAAUUCUUCUCAACCAUGACCAUAUGCAAGCAUAUGCUCUUAUGGAUGUUAGCUUGGAUACUUUUCCAUAUGCAGGAACCACUACUACUUGUGAAUCUUUAUACAUGGGAGUUCCAUGUGUCACAAUGGGAGGUUCAGUUCACGCCCAUAAUGUGGGUGUGAGUCUUCUCAAUACCGUUGGGUUAGGCCAUCUGGUUGCUAAGAAUGAGGAUGAGUAUGUCCAGUUGGCAUUGCAGUUGGCAUCAGACAUCCCGGCUCUCUCAAAAUUGAGAAUGAGUCUACGAGAUCUCAUGUCCAAGUCCCCUCUUUGUGAUGGAUCAAAGUUCACCCUAGGUCUGGAGUCAGCAUACCGGAGUAUGUGGAAGAGGUACUGUAAAGGUCAUGUACCGUCUUUAAGACGCAUGGAAAUGCUACAGCAGCAGCAGAAGCAGAAGCAGCCAAAUCAUGUUGCUGGCGAAGAGCCAGCUGUAAAAUUUUCUGAGCCAGCAAAGACCAAAUUAUCUACAGAAGGUGCCUUGGGAUCGGUCAAGUCAAAUGGAUUUGAUAUUGAAACAAAUUCUAUGGUGAAUAUCUCCAAUUGUGAAGAGAAUGGGGUCCAGGUCCAGCCGAAGAAGACCCAGUAGUCAGGCAAGUUGAGCUGAAGCUGAAUUGGAACCAGCGUACCAUCUAUGAAGCAUUCAUGGAGCAAGCAUGUUUGGUUGGUAGUUUGGUACUCCCAGUUUCAGAAGUACAUCUAAUGCGGAACUGCAAUUAGGCCUCCUGUAGAAUAGAUAUUUGUUGGGGCGUGAUUUGCUAACUUAUGAGGCUGGCUUUAAUUCUUGUGGCAACCAUGUGUUGCAUAUGGUCAAAAAUUUUCAGGAAGAGAAUGCCGGAACUGUUCUGUGCUCUAAUUUUGUUCAGCUUUAGGUAGAAUCUUGCAUAUCUGAUGAAUACGGUAAAAGUGCUAGGUGUCCAUGGGCAUCUGGAUUAUAGAUGCUAGUGUGGCUUGUAAAAUAUAAGGUGAUCUUUUUUUUUUUUUCCCUUUUUUUUCCUCAUCUAUUUAUCACAGAAUAGCUUGCCUUUUAGGCUAGAAUUUUUUCUUGGUUUAGUAAAAUGAAGCUGUAUGAGGAGAUGUUAUUAUAGAAUCUAUUUUGCAUACAUAAAUUUUCUUGGUCCUUUCGAUCUCUUUCCAAGUUUGAAGAUAGCAG